AUGCUCGAACAGGACGAGAAGGAAUACGAGCAGAACAUGGCGGUGCCACGCGAACAGUGGAAGGCGACAGACUUCGUAGUGGACGACAUGGUGUAUGCCUGCAUCGACGUGCUCGUCAUGGACGACGUACGCCACCUACAAACCUUGGAGAAAAAGAGCACGCUCAGGCUGUACACCGCGUUCAUCUACCACUACAAGAGGUGGGCGGCGAAGAUGCUGAAGCAAAUACGCGACAAGCUUCCCCAUGAGCACCGACUUAGGCACGUCGACGAGAUCGGCCACUACAUCCGCGACAACCAGAAAAGUAAAUGGGACAACGAGGUCGAUGUACGCCGGGAGUACAUCUGGCUGCACGGCCCUAGGGUCACCGAAACCCGGCUGCGCGCCUACGUGAAGUGCAUGAGCCGUGAGUGUAACCUCACUGCCGCGCCGACCGAGGAGGGGAACAAUGCCACGCGAACCGCGCCUGUGCAAUCGACAACGGUGCACACGAUCCUCGGGCGCAUUAAGGCAUGCCAGAUGGCGGCGAGGGUGGAGGCAACGCUGUACCGGGAGAAGGAGCUGGGCAUCAUGAGGGAGAUCUCGGUGGUCAGAUCGGAGGUGCGGUUCAACGUCCGCUCUAUGAACGAGAGGGACAUCAAGAAUUGCGCCGACCGUCGACGCGGCACCAUUGGCGAUACCUACACCGCCGAACAGUUCCGCCAGAUCAUGAUGAAGGUGCUGCCGACAUGGGCGGCGGCGGCGUGGAAUCCGCGUGCAACCACUCCUUCGCAGACGCUGUGGAGAUUCUUGCUCGUCAAGGUGCUCACGCUACUCUCCCACCACUCUCUCCUGCGCGGCGCCAGCAUCCGCGAGAUCACGCUACCCGACGUCUUCUUGUACCGACUGGAGAGCACCUCGUCGGUGAACCCUGAGAACCAGCCUCUCGUCAUGGUGAUCGCCGCGCGUAACUCGAAGACUUCCAAGGAUGCCCGUCUUCAGCAGAGCUACGCGGCGCGACACCUGGAAGCAGAGUUGUGCGCCGUCGGCGAGACCGGCCUGUGGUUGCACUUCAUCCUCGACCAAAUCGGUCAGUUCUCCGGCGUCGACUUCCUUCCGCCGCUUGACACCACUGAACGUGAACGCUGGUACAAGAAGCACCUCUUCUUCGCCAAGAACGACAAGGAGCAAGACGAGCUCCCCGCUGCCAGCCACCAACGUUGGACUCGGCAGAUGUGGACGACAAACAAGGUGUUCUGCAAUCGGAACGUGCACGCCGCACGCGCCGGACGUGCACAGGAGCUAGCCAUGGACGGGACGCCUCGUGCCGAGAUCGCCGAGCUGGGACACUGGGCUCUCGACAAGAUGACGCGUGCUUACAUCACAGCCAUUCCCGUUGGGGUGUAUCAUAACAUGUCCCUCAAGGAGACGCUGAAGUACGAGAUGGAGCGCUCCGCGGUAGAGAAGAUCGACCUUCAGGAGGAGAUCGAGAAGCGCGACGAUACCAUCGCGUCGCUGACCGCCGAGCUUGUGCAUCUCACCGAGGCACUCCGUGUGUCAGACGCACGGAGGAUGCCGGCGGCGCCGCCGUCGGCGAACGAGCAAGCGCCGAGCGAGGGUGGCUCGGCGGAUUCGGCCAAUACGGGGGCCGGAGCCAACGACCUUGAACCCCCGAAACCCCCACAGACGGUCGACGAGGCUGGUUACGAGCUCAACGUGGUGAAACCCUGGCGCGAGGCAAAGAUCGUGAAGGUCGCUUGGCGCCUGUGGAACUCCGCCACCGCCGAUGACACCCGUCGUCUUUGCGACAGGUUCGCCGAGCCGGGAUUCGUCGACCGUCACACCCUCCUCAAAGGCGCGACGCAGGGUGCACACAACAUGAAGGUGCGCCGCAUGCUGAAGGCCAUGGAUGCAGUGCGCCUUCUUCGCUCGAGCGACGGCGAUGCCGACACCGAAGCCGUCGUCGCUGCACUGAACAGGAUCUUGGCACUGGGCAUUGGGACCUACUGCGAUGCCCUCACGGUGCUCAAACCGGAAACGGCACCGACGAACUCCAAGGAGCCUGGCAUGGGCGUCAAGGGGCUGGGCCCCAAGGUGGUCUCGAAGCUGCGUCUCGCCUGUGCGCUGGUCCAUCUCAAGCUGAAGCCGAGGACUUGGGUCGCCCACCUGUUUCCAGACACCUGGGAGGAGCAGAUGCCGAAGACCGUGGCCGACUUGGCCAAGCAGACCGCCCCUGCGCAGCGUCCUCCGACAAAGCGCAAGAAGGCGGCAUGA